AUGUCAAAACCCAUACGAAAAACACACCCCUUAAUUAAAAUUAUAAAUGGUUCUUUGGUUGAUUUACCAUCUCCUACGAAUAUUUCUUAUAUAUGAAACUUUGGAUCCUUAUUAGGAUUAUGUUUAGGAAUUCAAAUUGUUACAGGAUUAUUUCUGGCUAUACAUUUUGCUUCAGAUAUUAGUAUUGCUUUUUCAUCUGUUGUCCACAUUAUACGAGAUGUAAAUAGAGGAUGAUUAAUCCGAACGCUGCAUGCUAAUGGAGCUUCAUUCUUCUUUAUUUGUAUUUAUCUUCACGUCUCGCGGGGAAUUUACUAUGGAUCAUAUAAAAUGUUCCAUACUUGAAUGACAGGAAUUGUUAUUUUAUUCUUGACUAUGGCUGCUGCCUUUAUUGGUUAUGUAUUACCAUGAGGUCAAAUGUCGUUCUGAGGGGCUACAGUAAUUACUAAUCUAUUCUCUGCUAUUCCUUAUAUUGGACCGAGCCUUGUAGAAUGAAUGUGAGGAGGUUUUGCCGUCGAUAAUGCCACUUUGACCCGAUUCUUUGCCCUUCAUUUUCUUGUUCCCUUCUUAAUUUUAGGAAUAGCAGUUGUUCAUCUUCUUUUUCUUCACCAAACAGGAUCUAAUAACCCUUUGGGAGUAAAUAGAAAUGUUGAUAAAAUUCCGUUUCACCCUUAUUUUACAUUCAAAGACAUUUUUGGUUUCUGUAUUAUAAUUUUUGGUUUAAUCAUAAUUACAUUAUGAAGUCCUUACUUGUUAGGAGAUCCAGAAAAUUUUAUUCCGGCUAACCCUUUAGUUACUCCGGAACAUAUUAAACCGGAAUGAUAUUACUUAUUUGCUUAUGCUAUUUUACGAUCAAUUCCCAAUAAAUUAGGAGGGGUAAUUGCUUUAGUAAUAUCUAUUUUAAUUCUAGCCAUUUUACCUCUAUCACAAAAAAGAAACUUUCGGGCUUUAACUUUUUAUCCUGUAUCUAAAUUUCUUUUCUGAUCAUAUAUUAGAACAGCCAUCCUUUUAACCUGAAUUGGAGGUAUACCAGUAGAAGACCCUUAUAUUAUUAUUGGCCAGCUUCUGACAUUGUUUUAUUUUUCUUUCUUUAUCACUUGUCCUUUGGCGAAUCUAUUAUGAGAUAAAUUGAUUCAAAAAUAG